AUGUUGAAAGUGUCUCUAUGGACCCCCAAUACCAACCUGGUCUCAGAGCAUUUUGUAUUAUUCUGUACGUAAAUCGUAGACACUCCAUUUAGUAUGAUAUGUUACGUUUCGUAUGGUAUUUAUUAAUUUGUGGAUGUCCAUCAGGCAUUUCAAAUAUGUUACGUAUUACAAUUCGCAUUAUAUGUUAUACUUUGCUAAACGUACAAUAUGUUAUGAAUUUACAAAAUGUACGAUAUGUUACAAAUUCUAGCUAGAAGGCUAAUAUCGGCUAGCUGGCUAACGUUAGCUAGGCUAGGGGUUAGGGUUAAUGUUAGGAUUAAGUUUAGGAGUUAGGUUCAAGGGUUAAGGUCAGGGUUAGGGGAAGGGUUAGCUAAAAGGGUUACGGUUAGGGUUAGGGGAAGGGAAAGCUAACAUGCUAAGUAGUUGAAAAGUAGCUAAAAAGUAGUAAGUAGUAGAAAAGUUUCUAAUUAGCUAAAAUGCUUAAGUUGUCCGUGAUGAGAUUCGAACUCGCAACCUUUGGGUUGCUAGACAUUCACGUUGUACGCCCACCCAUUCACCCUGACCCAUGACCUUAAGUAACCAUCUGUCUUUAUGUACUCAUACCAAACGUGACAUAUCAUACUAAUUAGUGUCCCGGAUUUACUUUACUAUGUUACGCCUAGUCUAUGAGACCAGGCUGCCAAAUCACACAUCAUGACAAUAAAGUCAGGAAGGUAAGACUGUAAGACUGUGAUCAGCAAGUUUGACAAAAGCUUUCUGCCUCAAAUGUGGUUUUACAUGGGCCUCUGCAUUACGAGAUGGCUUGUUGUUAGGCCAUAAAGGAAAGUUUGGCUGCUCUGGUGGUGUUGACCUUUGACCCUCGGCCUUGUUGACCUCAGGUCCUGCUGAACAUCCUGCCUCGGCUGCUGAGGAUGCAGAUGCGACCGUGGAUGCCGUAUGAGGACUGUGACGUCAGUGAUGGAACCAGUAAUGGUCACGGUCACAGUACCAACGGAGGGCGUAACAUAUUUCUAGUCCUCUGCCGGCGCCGCAGCUCCCUGGGACUCAUCACUAAAGCGGAGGAAUACACCAUGAAUACAGCCCGGUCGGAACUCGUGUUUUCCAGGCUCAGAGAGCGGGACGGCCUGAUGAAAUAUGCACUGGAGAAGAUCCGUGAGUAGGGUUAUUAGGAUAUUUACAUGGGGAAUAUGGGGAAUUGAUGGGAAUUUUUGGUUACACUGUACUUACCCUGCACUUACGGUUAAGGCUAGGGUUAGGGUUGAACCAGGAUGUUGACAUGAAGCUAAGGUUAGGGUUAAGGUUAGCGCUAGGGUUAGGGUUACUGCUGUAAGUACAGUGUAACAAUGAGUAAUUACAAUACUUGUUACACUGUACUGACAGGAAUAAUUACACAUUAAUAAGGACAGUGUAAUGUAAAAAGUUAACACAUUUUCAAUCUUAGUUGCAAGAAAAUUGCAAGAAAUGUGUAUAGGUUGAUUCCUUGUCACUAUAGCUCUCUGUUUGACAUUUGACCCUAGAUAUUGGUCUGGAGGGGGGUACAUCCCAGGAAUUGGGGGCCAGCCUGGCCUAGGCUUCACCGGAGGUGCGCCAGUGUUUAGCAUCCUGCAAACAAAUUGCAGAGAGUACCCAGCAACAAAAUUACUUAGAGAGUGUGAGUCUCCCCAAAGUGUUGCACCCACCUAGGUGAUGCAUGGCUGCCAUUUUGUGCCAGAAGAUGUUUCACUCUGUAAUACCGUUAACUCUCUCAUUAUUGAAAGGAAACUUCUUACGAAAACUUUGAUUUCCCAACAUUUAGAGUGAUUGUCCACUUCUUAGUGUCCCCUCUGACCUGUCCCUCUGAUGUCACCCACAGGAGAACAAGGAGUGGUUCCUGGUUGGCCGGGUGAUUGACAGAGUGUGCUUCAUCACCAUGGCGCUGUCGUUCCUCAUGGGUACCAUUGGAAUCUUCCUGACGGGGCAUUUCAACCAGCCGCCAUCCGUGUCUUUCCCUAGUGAUACCAGUAAGUGCCUUCCUCCGUUAGGGAAUAACAUCACCAAUCCCCCUGGGAAUGACACUGGAGCAAAUCUACUGGGGUGA